CCCUGUAGUUUUCCAUUUUAGGGUCGAAAACCCCAAUUUGACAAUGUUCGCCCCGGAUAUGGCGCGUCAGACAAAAAUUUUCUGAGGUAUCACAUAAAAAUACAUAAGAAUUUCAAUUUGUUCACAAACUAAUACAUUUUUGGGUGCUAGCUUACUACCUAAUAUUUAUCUAGGUUGAGAGUUUAUGCUAGAAGACACACCAUAUGGUGAUGAACAUAUUUAUUUAGGUUCCAAGUUCAUGCUAGGCACACCAUAUGGUGACAACCUUCCAGGUCAGGACACAUACCAGGAACUACCAGCAGAGGGCUCUAGUCUCCAAGUGGACGUAUCCCCUGAAAGUAAGCAUCUACAACUACUGACACCAUUUGAGAAAUGGUCUGGCAAAGAUCUGGAAGAUAAUUAUGGGUAUUCUAAUCAAGGUAUUUACUUAAUGUUCAGUAUAUGUAUAUCUUUUAUUGACUCUUUAGAUGUCAAUCAUGACAUAUUAGUCACUACGGUAGAGCAGUUCUUCCCAUUGUCGAGUUGAAGAACUGGUAUCUUUAUCCUGGCUAGAACCAUAGACAAUUCUAGCCAGCGCCAGCCUUUUAUCGAGUUAGCAGCACUCUAGUAAUCGCCGGUAUAGGUCAGUAGUCAUAGGUCAAAGACAAAUCACAAGAAGUGCUAUGACUUAAUGAUCAGUACAUGUUUCCUUAGUUUACGGUUAUUAAUGUAUUGUAAAUGAGGGUAAUGGGGCAUGACUAGUGGCUGAUAAUGUAAGCUCAUCAGUGUAGUAGAUCUCGAUCAGUAUUACAAAUCAUUACCAAUAGUUCUUAGUAAAUAAUUUGUUAGAAGCUGUGAUGUUUAAUCGUGUUGCCUUUGUAAUGUACCGGAAUGUCACUAAAAUAUCUGUUUGUAUUUCAGUUAUCCAAACAUAAUGAUAUACAGUAUUUCUAUGCUGUGUUUGUUGAAAUACAGAG